AUGUCACUAACUCCCCAUUUGGCACCUAUCACACUUUUUUCCUUGGUAUUGAAAAUUUUAAAGUAAUUAAGAAAAUUUCAAAUAAUUGAUAAAGCAUCCAAUCAAAAUCCAAAUUGUUAAAUAUCAAAAAAAUGUUAAUAUUUAAAUAACCAAAGUUAUCCCUGAGAGGUUUGCUAUAAUAAUGAUAGGAGGUAAGAGCUCAAGCUCCAAUUGCAGCAGCCCCAAUUGUAAUCCAAAACAUAAAUAAAACCCGCUACAAAUCUUCUUCAAAAGAGCCCUCAAGCACCAGACCUCGUUCAAUCGAUAGCCAAAGGCGGUUAAAUUCUCGAGUAAACAAAUCAUUCACUGUUCAUCACGAAACUCCAACAGCCCUAUGCUCAAACCGCAACCAAAGUUUCACAAUUGAAAAAUCUCGAAACAUUUCCCUAGGCUGCUCCACCCCAAAAAAUAAAAAUCCAAGCAAAGGAAACAUUAGAUCUACGAGCAAACUCGUUUCCGGACACCCCUGCCCUCGCGACUUAGAAGAGCGUGAAAUUUUGUAUAGAAAAGAAAUCAUUAACUCACUGUUUGAGCGUGGCAAAUCUGAGAUGAAAUUAGGAGAGUAUACAACAGCUUUGGGAUUUUUUAAAAAAGUGCUAAAAGAGGACCCUAAUCAUGUAGAAGCAAUUUUUGAUAAAGCAAGCUGUUAUAUAUACCUUGGAGAGCAUAAAAAAGCGAUCCCAGACUUGUUGACGCUGACCAAAGAUUACCCUUAUUAUGAUAGACAAGUAUAUAGUGCUUUAGCAAUGUGCUUUGUAGCGGUUGGAGAUUUAAUUACUGCUGUAAGGCAGAUAAGUAGAGGACUGAUAAAAUUUCCAAAAUUUGUGGAAGGGUAUAUAACAAGAGGCAAACUAUAUAAUGAGCAGAAAAAAUGGGAUAAAGCUAUACUGGAUUUCCAUAAAGCUAUUGAGCUGAAUGGAAAUGAUGGAAAUGGCUAUCUUGGACUAGCAGACGCUCUUUUAGGAAUGGAGGACUCUAGGAGUGCACUCAAGAUGUUGGGAAGUGCGAUUCAAUGUCCCAAUACAUCAAUGCAGGCUUUGCUUCAGAGAGCUAAAAUCCACUAUGAGCUUCAUGAAAAUGAUAAAGCAUUAAAAGAUUUAGACUUACUAUUAGCUAACAAAAAUGACUGUACUGAAGCUUUCUACUAUAAAGCUUUGGUGCUGCUGUCCCAGGAAAACUUAUCAGACGCAGCCUUGUGCCUUGAACAAGCUAUAAAAUACGAUGUUUAUGAACAAAAGUUCACUGGAGCUGCUAUUUAUAACUUAGGAGCUAUCAAAAUCAAACAAAAAGAUUAUUAUGGAGCUAUGCAUACUUUUCAGAGGUCAAUAAGCAAUAAUGUUGAUAUAAAAGAACAAAGCGUCUUGAUUGCAUAUACCGAUGCAAUAUUGAACCUUAUGAAGAGGAAAUUCAAAGAAGGAGUGUCUAUGCUGUCUAAAAUUAUCAAAAAAAGGCAUCCAGUCCUGCAGGAAUUUCUUGGAAACUGCUUUGCAUAUCGAGGGUAUGGGCUAGCGUCCUUGGGAAGCCAUGAAAAAGCAUUAAAAGAUUUUAUGGCUUCAAGCAGAAUUCAGCCACUAGAUAAUGCUUCAGAGUAUAAUAUGCUUAUAUCUCAAGCAAUUGUGGUUUCAGAAACUGAUUUAGAGACUGCACUAUCAUUAUUUAAAUCAGCUGCUGAACAUUUUCCCAAAAAUACUGAACCUCUUGCAUACCAAGCUGCGACUUUAUUAAAGCUGUCUCGGCUUCAUAAUAAAACAGCACUAGCAGACCAAGCUGGAGUGCUUCUAACUAAGGCAAUUGAGUCAAGAGAAACAGAAAGCGAGCUUUAUUUUUACCGUGGUAUUGUGCUAUAUUUUCUAGGAAAACCUAUUGAUGCAGUUACUGAUAUGGAAUCAGCAAUGGAGAAAUCAGAAGAAAAUAUGCCCAUGCACUUUUUGGCUCGUGGACUCUGUUAUGUUACUUUAAAGCUCAUAAAAGAAGCGAUAGAAGAUUUUUCAAUUGCAAUUCAACUUGAUGAAAAACUAGCUGAAGCUUAUUUUUAUCGAGGAAGGUGUGCAUAUUUGCUGGACGACACUCAGCUGGCAUUUUUAGACUUCCAAAAAUUGAUAGUUGCAAAGCCCAAAGACCCAAUAGUGCAUGUUCAUGCGGGAAAUUUAUUGAUGCUUACUAACUCAAUUGAGGAUGCAACGAAAGCAUUUUCAAACGCAAAUUCUAUAAAGCCAACCAUAACUGCUUAUGUCCAAAGCGCGAAAUGCAGUAUAAUUAAUCGAGAUAUUGAUAAAUCAAUAGAAGAACUUACAAAAGCAUGCGAAAUUGAUAUGAAAAAUGAAAUCACACUUGAUAUCAGUGUCUUACAGGCAAUAAAAGAUGCCCAUAAGAAGGAAGACUUAAAAGGAUCUUUGACAAAGUCAAUUAAUUUGCUAUCACAAGCAUUAAAAUCGAACUCAGAAGGAGAAAUUUGUAAGCCAAAACAAGUUCACUGGUAUAAAGGUAUUUUCAAUUUCUUUUUGGGAGAUUUUGAAAAAGCUCAAAGCGAGUUUAAAAAUUCACUUACUCCCCCUUUAAAUUCGAACUAAAAUACCGUUUCAAUUUAAAGGGGUUAACUUAUUUUAUUAAAAACAAUCUAAAUUAAAUGUUUCUCAAUAAAUUUUUUUUUUUAAAUUUUUUAAAAUUUAAAAUUUAUAAAUUGAACCCAAAAUUUUUUGAAUUUUAAUUUAUUUUUAUGAAGAAUUUAUUCAAAAAAUUAAUCGAUUAAGUGUGAAAACUGUUUUAAAUGUAUUCUAUUUGAACUUUGUCCAUUAAGUUAAGUCAUACUAAUUUUAUAAAAAUUAGUAUUUUAUAUUAAAUUAACCUAUUGAAAAAAUUGUUCCAAUUUUAAACGGGAGAGUUAGUAAAAAAGAAAUUGCAGAAAUGGCCAAUGCAAGUCCUAUUGAGCAAGCAAUGGUUGAAAAGGAAAACGCUGAACUUAUAUAUAAUGUUGCCUUAUGCUAUAUUCUAGAAGAGUAUUAUGAAGCUGCCUUUAUGCAUCUUCAUGAGAUUCUACCCUAUAUAGCCAAAUCAUCCUUUUAGCUCGGGUUAUACCAGCAUCUUCUAACAUCAGCGGGGGGAGCUGGUUUUACCAUCAUUUUUGGUAAAGCCAACUCCCAAGAUGGUAAAUCUCCAGCAGCAAGUGGAUUUGUUUCCAGGGGAGUUUGUGUUACCAACAAAUGUUGAUAAAAUCAACUACCCCGCUGAUAUCAGAAGAUGGCGGUAUAGCCCAAGCCUCCUUUUGGCUUGGGCCAUACAGAAGGCAGUGAUAGAGGAAAGCUGCUUUUGCUAAUCGGAAUUUUGCAUCUAGGACUUGAGCAGACUGAUGAGGCAAGAGAAUUUAUGGUUGAGGGCUUUAAGUUUGAUUCAGAAACUGUAUCUGCGUAUUUGGAAGAAAAGAAAGACGUAAAGAUUCUUCCGUUUAAUUCUGGAUCAACAUAUGCAUCUCGCUUCCCAAUGGCAAGAAUCAAGGUGAAAAACACUAAUCCAGUCCUUAUAAGGCCUACUUUUAAUCUACCAAGAAUUCGGCUACCUGUAAUGGACUUCCAAACUGAAGACUUCAUCUUAGAUCAGUUUGGGGUAAAAUCCAUUAAAAGUAAACCAGAAGCCCCAUGGCUCAAUAGAGUCAACGGUGGCAUCCAAUUCACAGAAAAUAUCCAAGAAAUUGUUAGCCAAACAGUUUCAGAAAGCGAAGAAGAGGAAGACUCAAAAUCUGAUAAAGAGUCAAAGAAGUUCUCAGAAGAGUCCUCAAGCCUAUUCGGGGGUGAAAACCGAACUUUUAAGUCUGACAGUGCUUUGCCAAAACAUGAUGAAAACGACGAUAUAAUAUCUGAGUAUCUAAAAAGGCAGAAUAUAAAGCAAGAAAUUGGUACACCGACUGAAGGCAGCAGCAGUGACGUUAAAAACCGACUACAAUUUAUGCUAAGUCCAAACUAUGAAAUGAGUGAAGAUAUAUUGGAGUUUUAG